AUGAGAACAACGGAACAAGCAAAGACCACUAAAAUAGGGGCAACAAGCGGUGGUAUGGUGAAAAAUAUUGAUAGCACGUCGGUUGCAUUGGCCAUAGUGAAUGUUAAUAACGAAUUACAAAAACUUGAAACAAAAGAUAAGAGCAAGGCAAAUUAUAGUGGUGAGUUGCUAAAUAAGAUUAAAAAGAUAUAUGAUGAUUUGAUUAAGAUGCUUAACAGACACCCCCAGUUUCCUUCGGAAGUGAUAGAUCACCAAGACUUGAAUUUGUUUUAUCCGUUGAUGAAGCUAAUCUCAAUAAAUCUAUCAAGGGGUCAGGACGUAGUGGCAUUAACAGACACAUAUGGAAUGCUACUUUGGCACCACAUGAACCAUCCGGUAUUAUUUAAAAACUUUAUGAGGCUUUUCACUUCUCAUGAUACGAUCAUGAAGCAAUUCUGCAAACUCAUAUUAGAAUUAGCGCCGAAAUUACAACCUGUCAAUUUUCCGUAUGCGUAUUGGUAUACCAGAAAAGUUACAGACGCUCUUUCAGAAGAUAUGAAACACGAAUGGCAUGCCAUUUCUAUGGGGUACGUCAAAUUGGUCACAGAAAACGUCGAAGAAUGGUAUCAGAUCAUAUUAGAGUUGGAAAGCAUGAGUAUGGUCUCUACAUUCACCAACGACAAUAAUCAGAAAUUGACCGAUAUGUUGAUCUUAUUAAUUGAAGGAUUUGGAUUGGAAUCAAAGAAAGAGUUGUUGGCCUUAAUGUUUUCGACCACGAGACUGAUUGAGAACUUAGAAUCGCUUUCGGAACUUGAAAUAUCUAGUGUUAACAAAAAGAGUAUCUCGAAGGUGCUUGAAAUGAUCCGAAAUACUCUAAUAUGGAACGAUCCAUGUCUAACAUCUACAAAGAAAGUUAUUUCGAGCCUUUCAAAGACAAGCAGUAUUUCAAUUAAGCUAGACACCAAGCACUCGAUCUUGUUUAUUCUAGAGAUACUCGACCAUGGUAAUGACUUCAAUUAUUUGCAAUCAUAUAAUUUGCUUUCCUACCUCACCAUUUCAUUGAGAAAUUUGAAUAAUCUAUUCCUAUGCGGUAAACAGAACCUAUAUCAACAGUACAACCAGCUUAACUCAAAGAUAUCAUUAACUGCUCUUUUAGCUAACUUGAACUAUAUUGUUUCGACUUCAUUACUUAGUAUCUAUACUGAUAAUGAAGAAAUUCCUGAAAUCAUUUCAACCCAUUUCAAGCAAACAAGAUUACCGCCAUUGCCAAAGUCAGAUUAUUUUUUUGACAGUUUUCAUAAUAAAGACUCCUUUGAUAAUGACUUACGUUUAGCUAAUAACAGUGGUAAUAUAAUUAGACUAAUGCAUUGUCAAUCGUUAAACUUGCACUUAUUGCUGCAAAUUCUCCAAGAUGAACUAUACGCAAUUUCGAUGAUGAACACUUACGCUGCGGAUCAAGUUAAUCUGAAAUUAAUAUUUCGGUUGAUCGACUUAUUGUUCUCUUCCUUGUUCCCAUCAUUGGUAUUUCUACAAAAGUAUGAUGAGCAUAACAAAGAUACAAAUGCAAUCCGAGACAUAAUAUUAGAUAUCUAUCACAAGUUGAUUUCGAUUGAUCUUAGAUUCACUCAGAAUUCUUUAAUGUGGGUAUGUCUAAUCAACUUCGCUAGCGAUAUUUGUUACAUUAACUUAAGGUUUGUCCCCAUAUUUGAGUCCCUAUUCAAGUUUUUGGUGGACAAGACAGCUUCGAAUGCUAUAUUAGAAGAUGAGCUAGUGAAAAGUGCCUUAAACUUUUAUUUCACUACGUUUAGCAAUCAAGAAACCUCUUGUCAAAUUAGUGGAGCAGAUUACAAGAAAGAGAAAUCAUCAAAGGCGAGUUCGGUUACUGUCGAAAUUUCCUAUGAUGAAUAUAAAUUCAUGUAUCCUCAUCGGCAACAGCAACCAGUCAACCCAGACACAAUUACUGAAGAGUUAAGAAUGGAUAGCUUGACCACAAAUGAUCCGUAUGUUAAUGUCGCUCAUACGUAUCCGAAUAUGCAAGACCAUACUGAGAGUAAAAAACAUUACAAUAAUUCAAAUAAUAAUGAUCUGUUGUUUAUAUUUGAGCCAGAAAUUGCAAAUGCUUCAACACCACUAAAAUCAAACUAUGUCACUAAUUUUGCAAGACAACAAAGUAUCCAUGUCGAUCAAUAUGGGAAAGUAUAA